AUGGCAAACACGCUCCCCGAAAGCGCCGGCAUCACCACCCCGCAGCUGAUUGGGUUCGUGCUCUUCAUCAUUCUGUACUUCCCCAUCAUCUACUUCGUCCCGCCGCACCAAGUGCAGAAGUUCCUGGUCGCGAACCUGGUGGUGUCUAGUGCCACGUUGCUGGGAAUCAUGGGCUGGGCGGUCCACGCCAAUGGAGGGGCAGGCGAUCUGGUGUCACCCGCCGUCGAAGUUCCUCGUUCACAGGUCGGGUUCCUGAUGGUCCAGGGCAUUACCUCGAUAGCAGGGACCUAUACAGGCGGCUCAGACCGUGUUUCGGACUGGACGCGAUACGCCAAACACCGACACGCGCCUACGCUAGCACAGCUCACGGCGCUCCCUCUCACCGUGACCCUGGUCGCGCUCAUCGGCAUCAUCACCACCUCGGCGACGGCCCAGAUGUUUGGCGAAGUCCAAUGGAACCCGAUGAUCAUGCUGCAGAUUGUGCAAGCGCGGUACUACACGGCCGCUUGCCGCGCAGGGACGUGCCUUGCCGGCCUAGGACUUUUGUCCGUCACGGUCUUCAUCAACUACACCCAGAAUUGUGUAAGCUCGGGCAUGGACGUGGCAAUGCUCAUUCCGCGGUUCGUCUCACGGAGAAGGGGAUCCAUCAUAUUCUCCAUUCUGGGCGUGCUGGCCAACCCCUGGCGAUUCCUUACCCAGGCCACUACCUUCAUCACUGUGCUUAGCUCCUUUGGCGUAUUUAUGUCGCCUGCGGCAUCGAUUCUCCUCGUGGACUUUUGGUUGGUGCGCAAGACGAAAUGGAACAUUCCCGAUCUGUAUAGUCCGGAUGGGAUUUACUGGUUCUGGAACGGUCUCAACUGGCGGGCGUUCAUUGCAUAUUUCCUCGGCAUGGCUUGGGCACUCCCGGGAUUUAUUAUGGCUGUGGGAGGACCGACUGUGGGCGACGGGUGGCACCACUUGUACCAGGUCUCCUUCUUCUUUGGGUAUGCUGUGUCAGGAGGGUUGUUCUAUCUACUCAACUUGUUCUUUCCACCCCCUAGGCUUGGUGAGCAGGUUGAUUUUAAGCUGGUAGAUGGGCUGGUUGUCAUCGACCAUGAGCGUGUCGCAGUUCUAGCGAGCCCGCAUAGCUCUGACGACCCGAGGGUUGAGAAGCGGGCCGAGUCGGCGGAUCAGGCGGUCUAUAUCAAAGGGUUGCGGUGUCUUUGA